AGUGAUUCGUAGCCUAAUCACAGCAAAGCUGGAACUCCAAACAUGGAGCUGGAACUCCAACAGGAUUAAGAACUGCCCGCACCGCCAAGCGAUUCCAUAUCAGCCCUGGAGUUCGUGCCACGAUCGAGUGGCUGGAACGCCAUCUGCGCCGGCAGCUGGGACAACACCGUGCGCAUCUGGGAGGUGCAGUCGGACAGGGUGGUGCCCAAGGUGAUGAAGUCCCUGGAGGGCAUACCGUUGGACAUCGCCUGGAACGACUCGGGCAGCAAGGUGUACCUGGGCGACUCCAACGGCUUGGUGUCCGAGUGGGACUUGGAGUCCAACCAGCUGCGGAAGGUGGGCGCUCACGCGCGAGCAGCGCGCACUUGCCAUCGGGUGGACACGGGCAACUACCUGGCCACCACCUCCUGGGACAAGAGCAUCAGGUUCUGGGACCCGCGCGCUGCCAUGGAACUGACCCGCAAGGAGCUGCCGGAUCGCAGCUACGCCGCCGAUGUCCUCAACGAGGUGGCGGUGGUGGCCUGCGGCGAUGGCUCCAUCCUGGUCUACAGCCUGCAGGGCGGACCCGUGGAGCAGGGGCGGCUGCAGAGCCCGGGAGCGGGCAACACCCAAGUGCGAUCGCUGGCGCUCCACCGGAACAGAGAGCUGACCAGCUGGCUGAUUGCCACGACGAAUGGCAUGGUGUUCCAGCAGAGCCUGGCCCAACGUACGGGCAGUUCCCCCAUCCGGUGCCAUAGCCAUCGCCAUCACCAGGAGGGCACCGGCGGCAGCGGCAUCCUGGACGUCUAUGCGGUGCACGAGGUGAAGGUCAACAGGGUGACGCAGUGCAUUGCCACGGCGGGCUCGGGUGGGGUGUUCUGCUUCUGGGACAGCCAGAUGCGCUCCACGCUGCUGGAGAGCAAGGUGCAUCCGCAGCCGAUCACCAAGUGCGCCAUCAGCGGCGAUGGCAAGCUGUUUGCCUACGCCCUGGGCUACGAUUGGUCCCAGGGACACGAGUACUUGGAUUGCGGCAAGAAGUCACAGAUAUUCCUGCGUCCGUUUUGAAAUGUCGAACUAUCAGCAGUGCUAGUAUAGUUAUAUCCAGAUUAAA